UCUCUCCUUUUCUUUCUCUUCUUUCCUCUUUCUCUCCCCCACCCCCCUUUACUCCCCUCCUCCUGCUGCCUCUGUUGUUGUUGAUGCAAAAGGGGAUCAAGCGAGCAAAAGGACGUCCCCAUUCCCUCGGAGCGUCUGGAGCCGGCUAGAACUUCGCCAAAAGGAGGAGCCCUUGAUGAUUUUUAUUUUUAUUUUUCAGAAAAAUUAUUAGCAGUGGGGUUUUUUCUUCUUCUCCCCCCACCCUCCCAUUCUCUUCCUUUUACCUCCUAAUUUGGGAUUUCCCACCCACGCCCGCCCUCCUGUCCUCCCUCCUUUUUCUUAUUCUUGGUUUGAAAAAUAAUAAUUUUGGGCCAGCGAGCGAGAGAGAGAUCAGGACCAUGGCUCGACCUCUGCCUCUGAAUCCAACUUUCCUACCUCCAACCUACGGGGUGCUGAAAUCUCUGCUGGAAAACCCGCUCAAGCUACCGCUGCAGCAUGAAGACGCGUUUUAUAAAGAAAAAGACAAAGAGAAAAAGCUGGAUGAGGACAAUACCAAUGCCAUGGUCCCACAGUCCGCUUUCCUGGGUCCUACAUUAUGGGACAAGACACUUCCCUACGAUGGCGACACUUUCCAAUUGGAAUACAUGGACCUGGAAGAGUUUCUCUCGGAGAACGGCAUUCCGCCCAGCCCGGCCCAACAUGACCACAGCCCUCACCAACCAGCUCUUCAGCAAUCUACCUCAGCAUCACCUUCCGUCAUGGACCUCAGCAGCAGAGCAUCCACGUCGGCCCACCCUUCCAUGGUUUCUCAGAACUGCAUGCAGAGUCCAGUCAGGCCAGGUCAAAUCGUGCCUGCAAAUCGCAACACGCCAAGCCCCAUCGAUCCAGAGACCAUUCAGGUUCCGGUGGGGUAUGAACCUGACCCGGCCGACCUCGCUCUUUCCAGCAUUCCUGGCCAGGAGAUGUUUGACCCCCGCAAGCGCAAGUUCUCCGAGGAGGAACUUAAGCCGCAGCCAAUGAUUAAGAAAGCUCGCAAAGUCUUCAUCCCAGAGGAUCUGAAGCAGGAUGACAAAUACUGGGCAAGACGCAGAAAGAACAACAUGGCUGCCAAGCGGUCCAGAGAUGCUCGGAGGCUGAAGGAGAACCAGAUUGCCAUUCGCGCCUCGUUCCUGGAGAAGGAAAACUCCGCUCUGCGCCAGGAGGUGGCCGAUCUACGGAAAGAGCUGGGCAAAUGCAAGAAUGUCCUUGCCAAGUAUGAAGCCCGGCAUGGUCCUCUGUAAAUGGCAUUCCCACCCACCUCUUUCUGCCCUCUCUUUCCCCCCUCCCUCUUCUUUCUUUCUUUUUUCCUUUCCUUUUCUUUCUUUCUUUUUUCUUUUCGGUGGGUUGGCAUUUGAAUCGAUGGACAGUGUGUUUCUUGCUUGAUAGCACCACACCCAAACGCCCCCAACCUUUCACCAUCAGCACUUUACCAGGAAAACAGAAACAAACAAACAAAAAAAACAGCGUACAACUUUUUUUUUCUAUGUGCGUACACGCAUGCGCGGGUCUGUGUAUGUGUGGGCGUGUGUGCAUGUUCACCUCAGCACUCCCCAUUUUUAUGGAAAUGGAAGGGUGACCCGUUUUCACUGGGACUGCUUAAACCUGCCAUAGUUAAGCUUUUCAUUAAAUAAUUAAAUAUUUUCCAGUGCUGCUUUGAACUAGGUUUUAUUAUUAUUAUUAUAUUAUUAUUAUUACUAUUGUUAUUAUUUUACCCUUUUGCCAUUCUCUUGAUUUAAUUUCGAAAACGAGAACGGAAAGAAUGAAUCGCGCUAUAAAUGGAGGAGGGAAGAAAAUAAAGGAGGCCAAUCUCUCCACCCUACCCUCCCCGAAUCUAUUGUUUAAAUAUGCCUAAUCAGACAUUUUUAACUUGCUACUGCAAAUGCACAAAUGACAUUUUAAUGCUACACUGCAGAAAUAUUUAAUUUAUAGAUUUUUCUCCUUCUUUUGUUUUGUUGUGUUCUUAAGCUUUGGUGAUU